AUGAGGCCGUAAGACCUGACUGCAGUGCCUAUAUAAAACGGGUCCGGGACGCCACCUUGGUCUGUCGAAGCACAAUCAGCACCAUGGCAAACAAACACACACUGGCUCUUCUCUGCGUGGUCGUGCUGGCUUUGGCGUCCUUUGCCAACGCUGCCCCUCAGCCGUUCAAUCUGGGCAAGACAGUGAAGAAGCUCUACCACAAAGCCAAGGACUUCAUGACUCCGACCAUCAACUGCCUCAAAAAAGCCGGAGCUACCGAUGCCGCUCUAGGCUACCUCAAGGAGUGCGGCCAAACAAAAUACUUCGGCAAGUUGGCCAUGUUCAGCUGCGCGACCACCACCUACGCACCUUCUGAUGUCAAGACAAUGCUUAAGAGUAGUGCUAAGUGCUUCAUCAAAAAAUAGAACAAAAUGCGUCUGCAAUGUUAUCAUGCGUGAAUCUAGAAUUAAACAAGGACCGUUUACAAAGAAUAAACUCUGCUCUGUAAUUGCAAA